AUGUCUGCCCUUCGCACGACCUCGCGCCUGUUCGCUUCCUCGAAGCCGCUGUUUCGCCCAGCCGCCUUUGCUCGCUCCUAUGCGACUGUUGACGCCCUCUCCCAGGUGAGCGCAAGCGGCCACGCGAGCAGCAAGACCAUCCCCGAAUCUAAGACUUCGAAUGUUCAGGAUCCCACCCCCUCCGACCAACCCCGGACCAAGACCUUCCAUGUCUACCGCUGGAACCCCGAUCAGCCCACCGAGAAGCCUAAGAUGCAGUCUUACUCGCUGGACCUGAACAAGACCGGCCCCAUGAUGCUGGAUGCGCUGAUCCGCAUCAAGAACGAGAUGGACCCCACCCUGACUUUCCGGAGAAGUUGCAGAGAGGGUAUCUGCGGUAGCUGUGCGAUGAACAUCGAUGGUGUCAACACCCUGGCCUGCUUGUGCCGCAUCCCCACCGACACCACCAAGGAGUCUCGCAUCUACCCCCUGCCUCACACCUACGUCGUCAAGGAUUUGGUUCCCGAUUUGACCUACUUCUACAAGCAAUACAAGUCGAUCAAGCCCUACCUGCAGCGCGAGACCAAGACCGAGGAUGGUCUUGAGUACCGCCAGAGCCCCGAGGAGCGUAAGAAGCUGGACGGUCUCUACGAGUGCAUUCUGUGCGCCUGCUGCUCGACCUCCUGCCCCUCGUACUGGUGGAACAGCGAGGAGUACCUGGGACCCGCCAUCCUGCUCCAGUCCUACCGUUGGUUGGCCGAUUCCCGUGACGAGAAGACCGCCGAGCGCAAGGCCGCCCUGGACAACAGCAUGAGCGUGUACCGUUGCCACACCAUUCUCAACUGCUCGCGGACCUGCCCCAAGGGUCUGAACCCCGCCCGCGCCAUCGCCGAGAUCAAGAAGAUGAUGGCUUCCCACUAG